AUGCCUGCAAAGAAGACCGGGCGCGGAGCGAAUCUGAGCCUACUCAACAAGGAGCACCCGAAGGACAAAAAGGGCGACGACGACAUCGGCGACCUCGAUUACGUCGACAAGCCGGACGACUCGUCGAGCUCGGGCGAGUCCACCAGCGGCGAGGCGCUGCCGCUGGAGAUGGCGCCAGCGCUGCCCGAGCCCGAGCAGCUGCCGCCGCCUGAGCUAGCCGCGGAGCCACCGGCCAAGCCAAAGCGCGGCCGCCCACCGGGCAGCAAAAGGCCGGCUCAAGCCAGUGCGUCCAACCCGAGCCACUGCGGCCGUGCGUCGAGCUCUAUCGGCGGCAACACGAGCGAGGUUUGGUGCUCUCAGGAGCGCUAUGCCAACACGUGGUCGGCAGGGGCCGGCGGGGCAGGCUGGGUGCACCAAUAG